AAAUACUGCACAGUGUUACACUUUCUUUCCUUACAACUCUCUAGUUCUUCUCUUCUAUUACAAUGAUCGCCCAAACCGUCUUCGCUGCUGCUCUCGUCGCCUCAGUCUCCGCUGGCUGGGAAUCAAAGACUGGCUCAUGUAACACUGGCAAACUUUCAUGUUGUGACACCAACAAGAAGGUUGAAAAGUCAACCGGUGAAGAAUCAGGUCUCCUCCACACUGGUGACAUCCUCGAUCAAGUUGCUAUCCAAUGUACUCAAGUCCCAUUACUCAUUGGUGUCGCUAUUGAAGACGAGUGCAAGAACACUCCAGUCUGUUGUGAAGACACCGAGCAAGAUGGUCUCGUCGGUAUUGGCUGUACCCCAGUUCCACUCAUCUAAGCUCUUAUUUUAGCAAGCGAAGAGCUCUUUGUACUAAUUUAUUUAUGCUUGGGCUAGAUCCUUUCUUUACCC